AAGAUGACGAUGGUUCUCAUGCCUGCAUCGUCUUCUCUUACUUUCGCAGUAUCUUCGAGUUUCUAGGCAUCUUAUUUAAGCCAAGUUCUUUACUUUAAUCUUUUGCCUGCCAUGACAUUCGUUAAAGAUAAAAAACUUCAUCAUCAUGCGGUAACCGUUACUUCCCUGGCUCACAGCCAGGAAUCUCUUCCUCAACCUCAGGAGAAUGCUACGCCAGAGGCGGUGGUUGUUGACGAUGACGACGACUACCCGGAUGGGGGCUUUGUUGCCUGGCGUCAGGUAGUAGCUUGUCAUCUCAUCAACGCGAUGGCGUGUGGAUACGGCGCAGCCUUUGGUAUAUAUCAGCUCUACUAUACCGAGUCGCUCAAACUCCCAUCGGCACAGAUCUCGUGGAUCGGCUCCGUGCAAAUGUUCCUGAACAAUGUUACGUGCACCGUAGCUGGGCGUCUAGCAGAUGCGGGAUAUGCACGGGAGGUGGUAAUAGGCGGUUCCUUCGUCGCUCUGCUGGGAACGUUCAUGACCAGUCUCGCAACCGAAUACUGGCAGAUCUUCCUCAGUCAGGGUGUCUGCACGGGGAUCGGUCUGGGUCUGAUGUAUAUGCCCACUAUUACGAUCAUCGCCUCGUAUUUUAAGAAGAGACGUGCGCUCGCCUUAACCCUUUCCACGGCGGGAACCGGAACAGGAAGUAUAAUCUUUCCUGCAACGGUAGAAUACCUGAUACCCCAGAUCGGUUUUCCCUGGGCCGUCCGGUGCGCCGGGUUUGUGGCUCUGGUUAUGGUUGUUUUCAUGAACACACUCCUCAAACCACGCUCGCUUCCCAAGAAAACAGGACCCCUCGUGGAGUGGGGCGCUUUUAAGGAACCCCCUUAUGUUAUCUUCAUCGCGGGUGCCUUUCUGUUUUAUUGGGCUUUGUAUUUUGGUUUCUUCUACAUUAACACCUACGCCAUCGCGGUCGCUUCCUUUACGCCUACAUCCGCAGUCUCGCUGCUGCUCAUCACAAAUGCGGUGGGUAUCCCCACCCGACCUAUCGUCGGUUACCUCGCCGACACAUUCUUGGGUCCUAUCAACGCUUUCAUCCUAUCGACCAUCUCCCUAGCCGUCGCCUUCUUCGCCUGGAUCGCAAUCGACACGCAUAAUACCAUGUACGCCUUCGCAAUUCUGUUCGGCGUCACCAACGCAGCAGCUCAGGGAGGCUUUGCCAGCGCCUUGGCUAGUCUGACUACAGAUCCUGCGAAGAUGGGCGUUAGAUUCGGCAUGUGCUGUACUAUAAUCGGCUUCGCGACGGUUGCUGGUCCUCCUACCGCGGGCGCCAUCAUUGAUUUCUGCAACGGGGACUAUCUCUGGGCCCAGAUCUGGGCUGGCGCGGUUACCCUCCUUGCAGCGGCUACUUUGGGUCUGUCCAGGUACUGGGUAUCUGGCGCCAAGCUCGCUGUUAUGGUUUAAUAAACCGAGGUGCUGGUUCUCUAAGCUAGUACGUGGUUGAUCUGUACGAGUGGUAAUAAGGUCUGGGAGUGUCUAUUUAUUAAUAGGCACCCUCUAACCCGGUCUCUGGCUAACUCGGAACGGCGGCUUGAGAUUUCCAUUUAUCGAUGGAAUAUCUCACCCUGUUCUCUGGGUAUAAUGGUUUUUACUCUACUAUAUGUAGAAUAUAGAUAGAGGGUUUGGUUCAUCCUCUGGUCGGGCAUUUUCCGGCCUCG